GUCAUUGUGCGCGUGCCUAUGCAACAACUGGAUAAUAAUAUUUGUAUCAGGAUUAACUGGCGCACGUUGAAGGCAUGUAACAGCUGGGAGGGGCACCAUUGCUGUGACAGCGUUGAGUCAGUUGGCUGUGUAAAAUAGAGGGUUUUCAUCCGGCGCAGAAGGGAAAGCUUUCUUCUUUCUCAAAGCAAGUCUGCUGAGAUGCGCAGGGCUCCGACACAGCGGAGGUCGCGAGGCUGCUGGUGAAUUACAAUUGCGAUACGAAGCCACCAUGAACGAGGGGCUUUUUUUCGUGUAUUACGACUUACCGCGCGUUUAAUGAAUUAAAGCUUUCUUCUGGGGAGGAUUUUUGUCCUGUGGUGUUACGCAGGAAUGCUUUUUCUCGGCUUGGUUUUGCUACAGAGGGCCAUGGAGACCUCCGAAGGCAUCGGUCAUGCUCUCUGGAUUCUGCUUUAGACACCCGAACAGAGGUGCAGUGGCUCCUCCUGAUGGUCCCUGGUGUAAUCUGAUCUAGGAGACACCCAUGCUUAUCUACUGCUGACUUGCUAGAAAUCCAUUGACUCUACACCUCAAGAAAACACAUGGCUGAUACUGCAAGGUAGAGACGCGGCUGGGAGCGUGAGUUGUAAAGUCCCCAGAAUUACAUCACAUGGAGGUCAAAGGACAUCUGAUCACAUCCAUGGGUUUGGGGGCUCCUGAUGUUCAAGGCUGCCAGGACAGCAAGCUGCAGGCUGAGAGGAUUGCAGCUUUACAAGAGAGGAAGCAGGCCCUGGAGGCUCUCCUCAACACCAGAGUGGGAGAGCUCAAACAAGUCUGUUUGCAGGAAGCAGAGCUGACUGGGAAGUUGCCACGUGCUUUCCCCCUGGAGACGGGAGAGAAACCCCCACUGGUGCAGCGCAGAGUUGGCCUGACGCCCAACACCAAGGGAGAGGAUGAGGCUGCCCAAAGAAAGCAGAUGAAAGACAUCUUCACUGGUGCUCUGUACAGACACUCAGAAUCCGGCCAAAAUGUCCCAAAUAGCAAGAGGACGGUUCAUCGGGGGUGUCACACAGAGGACACUGUCAUGUCAGAGAGUACAAGCUCCAUGUCAGAUUCAACAUCCCAUGACAAUGUGCCUCCUUUCAUACGUACCGUGACGUGUUCACCGUCAUCACGUCAACUCUGCGACGCUGCCGGGCCGCGAGGGGAUAAAAUCUGCUGUAAGAUGGGACUUAAGAUGCAGGAGUCUUCUCCCAGUGUGGCUGCUGACCAGCGCUCUCUGUCUCAGCCCCGGCUCACUGUGGGCAGCCCUGACCACAGGAUCAGCAGGAAGUUGUCUCCAGUUGAGAUUUACUAUGAGAUGAGGACACGCCGCAACUCUGUCACAAGCUCUGUUAGCCCAACUCACUCUUUACCAAGAAGUGCAUCUAACGUCGAGGGUAGAAGUGUUCCCGCUACUCCUCUCUUGGCCCGAACAGCUCCAAUCAGCGUUCACGUCAGGUCGGAUGCAUCAGGUGGUAAUGGGUUGAAGCAAUGGUCUGGCAGCCUGGAUGUGCCCUAUAUGAUUCCACUGGCCCAGGAGGGCUCUUCUUCUGACCGCCGAAGCUGCCCUUACAGCUCCCGGGCCAGGCGCAGUAACAGCUCAGAGGCCCUGCUGGAUAGAUCGAGCCUCCCUGAUGAUCCUGCUCCCAGAAACGGGAUGCCUCCCAGAGGAGGGCCCUACAAGAGCUCAGAGACACUAACUGAUGGCAAGCUGCGACACAUUCACCUGGGCAGCCCUGAGAGACAUGUCGAUGGCUCUGUGGAACAGGCCAAAAUGCGUCUGUCCAUGGGCAGCAGAGGGGCUGGUGGAGGCUACAAUGAGCUACUGAUGGACUAUAUCUGGGGGAAACAGCAGAGGAUGCAAGUGCAGCACCACCUGUACCAGUCCACAGGCAGGAUCUGGCAGGACAUGUCCUCUCCUCGCUCCUCCACUGCGGCGGUGCCGCAUGCCAAUGGCUUUUCCCAUUCCCAGGUGCACCUACCCAGCGCUGCACCUCCUUACAGCCCCAUGGUCCUCCGAGGGUCCCAAGCUGAGCUGCGCAGGGUCAAAGUCACCAGAACCAAAUCUUGUGGACCCUUUAUUCCUUUGCAGCAACAUCCCCAGGAUGCCAUCCUGCUGUCAGCGUACGAGUCUCCCCUUCCUGCCUCUGGCACCACCACAUCCUCCAUCCCCAACCUGCACCCCUACCAGACCGAACUGUCUGGCCCCUCCUUCAGCCGCAGACCCCCACAGUUCUCUCUCCCGACCCCAGAGGACUCAACGCGAAGCUUGCAUAAAGCCCUGGCUCUGGAGGGAUUGAGGGACUGGUACCUGAGGAACGCCCUUGGCUAUCCUCCUGCUGCCUCAAAGGGCCACGAGGCAGGGAUCUCCCGCCUCUCACACCCCCACCCGCUGGUGCACCAGGCCCAGUCUGUUCAAGGUGAACAAGCUAACCUCCACAGGUCUCAGAUACCCCAGUCAGCCAGCUUCCACGGUCACCCGCUGCAUGGAAGCAUUAUCUGCAGCUGUGUGCCGCCCGCCAACAUCCAGGCACUCGGACGUCUCCUGAUCAAAAACACUCAAGUUUUCUCACUCAUAGGCUUCCUUGAAUUGCCUAAAGUGGCCCGUGAGAGACAGCAGUCCAAGCUCUGUUAUAUUCUGACCAUGAUUCAUACUUUUUAUUUCAUGAAGAUGUAUUCUCACUGUGGUUUUACCGUCCACUCUCUGCCUCGUGUUUGUGGAGUGCUGCAUUGAUUUGUCUUGCCUCCCCAACAGGUCGAUGGAGUUCUCUCUCUAUCAGGACACUCCCCAUCCACAGAUGCAAGAGGUGACCCCAAAGGAACCCAGUGCAGACCCAGGCACCCUAGUCUGACGCAGCAGAACACACACACACACACACACACACACUACAUUUUAUGAGCAAGAACACUGUAGCCUCACACACACCUUCACUAAGACUCACAAAGUCACACAGACAAGUUGAUACAAUGUGACCUCAACAGCAAAACAAAACACGGCAACCUCAGCAGAAAGAGACUGGAAUAAAUGACAAACUGUAGCUGUACAGUGUGAAAAAGCCUUGGCAAGUUUCCCGUGUUAUAACUGAUCCCUGAGUAUAUGAACUUAUGAACUUCAAACCCAGUGUUCUCAUGUGGAUGUGCACUGGAGUUAGUUGAUUUAUCUAAUAACAACAUGGUCAUGCUGUAAUUCAUAUAUCGAUAUUUCUGGUCCAACACGAGCAGUAAAAUCCUUCCUAAUAACCCUGAAAAGUCUCCCGAGAUAUACUUUUUUACAGAAUAUAUACAACUCUAAAUUGCUAUUUUGUAUCUUCUGAGAUAUAAAGAACAGUUAUAUUAAAGAGGUAAUUUAUUGCUCAUUAAUCGUGUGAUAUACAAAGAUGUUAUAUGAGCUCACAUCAUUUGAAAAGUAUUAAUACAUGCCGGUGAAUGUGUGUUUGUAAACUAUAUAAAACGCAGAAACAUGCUUCAGUCUUCAUCUGCCGUUAAUUUCACAUCUUUUUUUUUUUUUUAAUGUUUGAUAAAUGAAACGGGCCAUGAACUGUAGCGUACUGGUGUAGCAGACGGGAGUGCCUAAAUGUUUUAAUAUCAUCUUGGUUAGAAAACUUUAAAGUGCUUUCUAAUAAUCAGAAAUGCUAGCAUUAAGCCUUUGUGAGCUUAGUCUAAUCAAAAACUGAAAGCAGUUCACGAUGUCACGAAAUUUCGGUACUUGGAAUGAUGUCAUAUAUAUUGUGAUUUUUCAGUUUGUUUUCUAGAUUCAGCUUGGUGCUGGCUGAUAAAUGUAGCUUUCUCUGUGCUGACCUUGACAGAAUAAUUAGACCAGUUUUAGGAAAAACCCGAGGGCCGUUGUGAGUCUGCCGUAUGGCAGUAGCACGUGACUGUAUGACAAUAAUUUACUCAUAUCAAAUCAGUUUUUUCUGCAUUUAGUUGUGGAGGAUUUGAGUGUCAUAUGGAGCACUUUAUGAACAUCUUAAGCCUUAAUUCCCUAUGAAAUUGUCUCAAAGAGAGAUGACAGGCAGUAGGAAGGUUUUGACAGGGUUUCUAAUUGGGAAAAAUGAAGGUAUGAGUUUCGUCAAAAUCUACCGAGGGUCUAUCUGAGUGUUAGUCUGUAUAUAGUGUGGAUUGUAGGCUACUGAUGAGUUUGAAGCUGAUAUUUUCUUCCCGUACUAACAAUGUAAUUUUUAAACUAACCACAUAAGUAUUUAAUCAAAAUAACCUCCCCCACUCACCCCCUCCCCCCCAAGUGAGCACUAUUUAAUUGGUUGUAAAAAGUGAAGUGGGUGGUAUGAACAGAAUAGGGCUGCUGCAGUUUUGAAUGACGGUGUGAGCAGGUCUCAUACCAGUAAAUUUGUUAAUGAGAAUUCACGCUGGCUGAUUUUUGUAUUUGUAAUGACUUCUACUCAUUUCAUGUGCUUGGUUUUGUGUUGUUUCAAAAAAAUGAACAUAACAUAAUGAAAUCCUCUUUUUUAAAGGUUUUUUUUUCCAUUUAAUGUACUUGAUCUUUGGCCAUCUUGGGACUCAUUUGAAUGUAAUUCUUUACGUUUGUCAUAAGUGAUGUUGUUUUCUACUCUGUUACAAACUGUAGCACACCACUGAAUGUUACCUGGUUUCUUCUGCUGUCUGAUGUGUUCACAUCCUCUCAGUAUCCAGCUUCAUACAGCUUCUUCCAGCUGGUUAAAACCUGAAAUCAAAGACCAAACUGCUGUGCACUGGGGGUCGUAAAUGUAUUUUUCAUAAAAUGUACUCUGUAAGUUGAAAAUAAAUGAUAUAAAUUUAGCUCUGAAGCAAAUUUAUUCAAACUAUAUUCUAUUUAUGAACCUAUAACAUUUUGUAGCUAUCUACUGUAGCUCUUUCUCAUCAGUGCGAGAAUUGGUAAUGUGUGUUAAAACCAUUUCAUUAACAGUGUGACGUGUUAAUAUUUGAUUAUUCUUCCUUUUUUUUUAUAUUUAAGUGCAGCUGUUUUCUUCUUCCCUCCUCUCUUUAUAACCAGGCCUAUGAAAUAAGACUAAAUAGGCCUACCCUAUACUGUAUGUAUGAGAUUGUGCAUUCAUUCUACUAAAUAAAGUGUCAGGUUGAAAUCAA